AUGGAAGAAAUGCAGAGUAGCCAGAACAAUGUCACACUUGGAGGCUUUACUGACCGGGUCACUGAUGCCAUGUUUCCAAACCAUGGCGAAAUGGAGCUUCCCGGUGCAGGUGGUUCUUCUCCCUGGGCUGGGCAGGUUCCAAUGAUCGCGAGAAGGCCAUCACAUAUGCGGCCUCCUCUGUAUGUCACCACAAUGAUGGGGAGUAACCAGCUUGGUGCGGGCAUCCACCGCAAUGGCAUGUUUAAUGAUGACCAGUUACUGUCGUCGGCAUUCAGAAGCAUGAGCUUGAGCUUCAGAGAUGAUGGUGGUGGUGAAGCCCUUGCUAAUCCUGGAAGUGUUGCAUCCAGAAAUGGAUACUGUCCUACAGAUGUUGUGGUUCCAUCUGCCAGCAGCAUGGUGAAUACAUUUCACCAAUUGACACCUGCUGAACACUUGAAGCCAAACUCGGGUGUAUGGAACUUCCCAAUGUACACUGGGAUGCAUGGUUCGGAUGAUGGAUCCGGGACUCUUGGAAAUCUACCAUCUUCACCUCUCCAGCAACGGCUCUUCGUCGAUGGGCAGUCACUAGCUUAUCCACCUAAUGGCUUGAAUUGCAGGUGCCAAGAUACAGAUGCAGAGGGGUACCCUCCUGUGCACUCACAGUAUACAUAUCCGCAAAUGCCGCAGGUUGGUACCCCUGGUGUUCUCUGGAGUAGGAGUAAUUACUCUACCAUGGCAUCAGCUUCAUCUUCUCUUCGGGCACCCAGUGUUGAUCAGCUCAGGCAUCACAGUGAUGAUACUUACUGGACUGUCACUGCUAAUCCGAAUGGAAAUAGCAACAGGACUUCUGAACUUCUGAACAACUGCUCUGAUUGCUCAUGUGGAAACUGUGAAUAUUGCCAUAUUAAGCAAGCUGAAAAUUUAGAUCACUAUGGGAUCAGGUGGUCACUUGAUGGAGUUGGAGAAAGUAUCUUCCUCUUGGCUAAAGAUCAUAAAGGCUCCUGCUUUCUACAAAGGAUAUUUGACAUUGGUGCUCCUGAGUAUGUUAUGAAGGUAUUCUCUGAAAUAAUCAUACACAUCGGUGAGCUUAUCGUCGAUCCAUUUGGAAACCGCGUGGUACAAAAGCUACUUGAAGUGUGCACUAAUCACCAAAAGAUGGACAUAAUUGAUGAAAUUACCAAAAUACCGGGGCAACUAAUUGAAGUUGCAUGCAACAACCAUGGGACAUGUGUGGUGCAAAAGUUGAUAGAAACUAUAAAUUCCCAAGAAGCAGCUUCCAUGAUUGUAUCUGCUCUCAGCCCCGGUGCUGUCACUUUGAUGAUGGAUGUAAAUGGUUAUCAUGUCGCCCACCAUUGCUUGAAGAACCUUUCACCUGAGCACAAACAAUUCCUUCUCAAUGCAGCUAUAGAAAAUUAUUUUGAGCUCGCCAAAGAUUGUUAUGGCUGCUGCAUGAUCAAAAAGUGUAUUGCACACGCGAACAAGCACCAGAAGGAAAAUUUGUUGUACAAUAUCACAUCUAGGGCGCUUGACCUCUCACAACAUCAGUAUGGGAACUAUGUAAUUCACUAUAUAGUUUGUCUCAAGGUUAUGUGGGCAACUGAUAUAGUACUUGACAAACUGGAGGGUUACUACGGAUAUCUGUCAAUGCAAAAGUACAGCAGCCAUGUAGUCGAAACGUGUCUAAAAGAAGCACAUGAACCUAAACGUCUGGAAAUCAUCCAUGAGCUUAUUAACGACCCCGGGUUAAUAAAUAUCUUGCUUCAUAAGUAUGGGAAUUAUGUGAUUCAAACAGCACUGAAGGAGUGCGAGAAUGCUCCAGCGCGUGCUGCACUGGUCAGAGCCAUUAGAACACAUGUUGCUGCUCUGCGAAAAAACAAGUAUGGAAAGCGGAUUCUGUCCAAGAUUCACCAAACGAACACGGAGUACUAG